AUGGUGGUUCUUUUAACAAACUUUCUCGUCAUGCUCUGGAACACGUUUCAAAAUGUUCAAUGGAAAUAUAAGCCGAUGAUCAUUUAUUGGCCGCAACCAGACAAGAACUUAGAGUGCUACAGCUAUACAGACAAUGAUGCGUUAAUGUCGGUAGAAGAUGUAAGCUUUAUGCCCAAACUGAAAUCAAUAUUCUUCCACGAGACGUCGUGCCGGGGCGGCGUGGACUCGCGGCAGGCGUGUGCCGUGGAGUCCGCCGCCAGAGCCAACCCUGACUGGGAAGUGUACUUGCUGUUCAACGCGCCCGUCUCUGACGCGAUGCUCAAGAAGAGCUGCCUCGUCAAGCUGCUGCAGUACAGCAACGUCAGGCUGGCCAGGAUACACGCGGCCAGCGUCUCUAAGGAGUCCGCCGUGCAGCAGAUAGUGAGGAGUAAGCUGCUUCACAGUCGGCACCCUGUCACGCACAGCGCUGACAUCAUGAGGAUGCUCACGCUGCACCGCUGGGGGGGAGUGUAUCUGGAUCUCGAUAUGUUGGUGGUGAAGUCGUUCGAUUCUCUGCCGCAAAAUUGGAUUGCGAAAUCUUCUCCAUUUGAUUUGGCAACUGGAGCCAUGAGGUUAUCGAAAGAUGAGGUUGGACAAAAUUGGACCGAGGAAAUUAUUCAGUGA